AUGGCGGUUGAAUUGAACACGUGCCAAGAACCGCGAACGCACACGCUUCGCGUCCCGCCCCUUGCCCCGCCUCCCUCGCCUUUCAAGUCGCGAAACAUUGACUAUAGAGGAGAGCUGGAAAAAUGAAAGGAACCAGUUGUUUUCGGACUGAAAAAGUGACGAGUAGACUUGGCGAUUCAUGUGGGUGGGACCCAUAAAUUAUUAUUUUAAGUUUGCUUUUUUACUGCUACUUUUCAAUUUCAGCUUUUCAGCUGUCCGAAACUUGUUUCAUAGUUGCUAAAAUUGAAAAAAACUAUUCGUCACUUAUUUUUUUAGUAAACUCAAUUUUUUUGUUUGCAUAAUAAUAUAAAAAAAUAACAAAAAAACGGUAAUUUUUAUAGAAUUGAAAUAGAAGACUGCGUGAUUGAAUCGAAUGAACGGAUUCGACAGGAAACCGGAAAUUUAGAGCAUCAUUCGAGGAUUUUCGGGCGAUUUGAAACCCUAAUACUGACGACAAAUACAACAAAAACAGCUGCAAAGAAAAAUAAGAAAAAGGAACCAGAGAAACCAAAAAGAUGCCAAAAAAGCGUGUUUUUAUCGUGUAAAUAUUUCUUCAUUCGUGAAUUUGUCUGACCAGUCUGUGCCCUCUUUUCCUUUACCGAGAGGGAAUCGAAGGAAAAGAAACAGCACGUGAAAGGAGAUAGCGCAGGAACGUCUGACGAUUUCGAGGUUUGGGCGAUUUAGGAAGAUUGGCCAGUUUUUUUUUUUGGCUUUAAAUAAGUUUCAGCAGAGUAUUGUACUUAAUGAAAACAGAAAUUGGGUUAAAAUUAUUCUUUUUUUGGUUAAAAAAACGUUUUACUUGUAGUGUGUUCCAAAACGCUUUCUGUGUCUUUUCAGAUCUUCUCAAAAAAAUUUUUCUUUCCUUCCCCUGAUGGGUCUUGAAGCGAAGAUUUAUCAGAGACUUUUUCUCAAAGACCCAAACUAACCACGUGACCAGAUGGUAGCUACAUUUUUCUUCCAGUAUCUUGAAAAAGAUAAUCUGAAAGAAGUUGAGAUUUUUUUGGCAAAAAAGUAGGAGGUGCUGGAAGAACGGAAAGAGCAGGAGCGGAGCCCUGAAAGCGAUCCUCGAGAGGAUGCGGAAAAAGCGGACGAGCGGCGACAAAAGGCGGCGCGAGUAUCGAAGCGGAGGAGGCCAUGUAUCUCGUCUCGAUGCGUUUGUGUGUCCAGGCGGCCCAAAACCUCCAUUCAAGUGGCCAUCGCACAGCCUGGCCGGCUCUCCUUAG